AUGGUGGGCGUCGUCCAGAGGCGCGAGAAGGGAAUGACCCUGUGUGUGCUUGGCCGUCGCAACAAAGACGGGACGGCCGAAUUGGCGGGUGCAGCGACGCGACAACAAUGGGGCGCGCAAGACGGGCAGCGUAGGAUGAAGCCAGAACAGAGCAGAGCAGAGCAGCGCAAGACAGCACAGCACAGGAUGAGGGGCAGAGGCCUGUCUGCCAGUUCAGUCCAGUCCAGCCGCCGUGGCAGUGGAAUGUACUACACCUUGGCGGCUUCUGAACAUGGCCUUCGUCAGCUCGGCAAUCCCGUGCGUAUACUACCAUGCCUGCACAGGCACAUAGCCGACAUGCUUACUGUAUCCUCUCCACCUACACACCUCCUCGUCCCUGUUUCAUAUCACGCGAGCACGUGGCGGUGCAACGCCUCCACCAGCCGCAAUGGAGAGCAGAGGGCCCAAGUGCGUCACCGAGAUAAAAGGUGGAAAGACACUUGCACUUGCAUCCUUCUACCAUCACCAUUGUCCGGAUAUGUAGGUGCUCUGGUACCCGCCUGUCUAAUUUGCUGUUGCUGCAUGCACACCCACAUCGGAGCCGCCGAACAACGUUGCAGCGACCACUUUUUUCUCGUAUCGCAUGCACACGAAAAUGUCCCUCCGCACCUGCUCUGGCCUAUCCUCGUCUCUCUACCCAUCAACAUGCAAUUUACCCCUUCACCGCGCCAGCUGCUCUCUUCGCACCCACCCCGGUCUGUCGAGUCGGCCGGGGGUUCGGCAAAUUCCACCGUCAUUUGUACUUACGGUAUGAGACACAAGAGGUCCAUCAAAGUUUACGACCAUUCGGAAGCCCAGGCUCAACUGCAAGCCUACGAGACCGUGCAAUCGACCUGA